AUGACACCAGCUGCACGUGACUACGGGGGCCCUGAGCAGCACCAGCACCGAAGAGGGGGAGCCAGCCGCCAGCACCAGAAACUAGCGGGGCGCGCGGGGCAGCACCAGCACCACGACACCCGGGGCGCCCUCAAAUGCGCGCGCGGCGCGGCAGCACCAGUGGCCGAGCAGCACGAGCACCGACCACAUCCGGCGCAGGAGCAGCACCAGACACCAGCCGGCGCUCCCGGAGCACCUAGGACCAGGAGCGGCGGCCCUCAGAUGCACCACACCACUACGCUCGCUCGGCGCAGCGCCACCACCAGCGGUCGCGGAGCAGCAUCCAGCACCACCGGCUCACCAACACCACGAGCGGGCGCGCCCGCAGACCACCACCAGCGGGCCAGAGACGCCAGCACACCACCACAAGCGCGGGCGUGCCCGCACGACCACCACCAGCGCCCGCGCCCGCAGCCACCACCCACCACGAGCGGGCGGCCCGCAGCCCACCAACCAGCGGGCGCGCCGCAGCACCACCACCGACCAGCGGUGCGGACCGCAGCCCACCACCACAAGCGGGCGCGCCCGCAAGCACCUAACCACCAGCGGCCGCGCCGCACCACCACACCACUCACACAGCCGGCGCGCCCGAAGCACCACCACCAGCGGGCGCGACCGAAGCACCACGACCACCAGCGCGCGCUCCAGCUAGCACCACCACCACGAGCUGUCGCGCCCGCAAUCACCCACCGCAACCAGGCUCGCGCCCGCACCAACACCACAAGCGCGGGCUCCCGCACACACCAGCGAGCGUCUCCCGCAGCACCAAGACCACCAGCUCUCUCUACCGCAGCACCACCACCAGCGCGCGCGCCGCAGCACACCACCACUAUCCUUGCUGCCCUCAGCACCACCGACACAUCUCUCUCUCCCUCACCACCAACCACAACUCGGCGCCGAACCACCACAGACAUUAAGCAUAACGAUCCUACUGCUUGGGAAAUGCCUGAGUGUUUGCAAUGGCGUGCAACAAGCAUUGAUAUUCAUGGGUGA